CAGCCGGACGGGGCGGGCCGGAGGCUGGAGUCACCGCCUCCUGAGCAUUCGGCCUGCCGCGUCGCCCGUCUUCCACCUUCCUUUCCUCCUGAGCUCCUUCCAUUCCUUCCUUCCUUCCUUCCUGCGGCGGCGAUGGCCGCGGCGCUGCUGGUGCUACUGUGUGUAGGCUGUGCACUGCGCUCCGGGCGCGCCCAGUACGAGCGCUACAGCUUCCGCAGCUUCCCCCGGGACGAGCUGAUGCCGCUCGAAUCGGCCUACCGCCACGCGCUGGACCAGUACAGCGGCGAGCACUGGGCGGAGAGCGUGGGCUACCUGGAGAUCAGCCUGCGGCUGCACCGCCUGCUGCGCGACAGCGAGGCCUUCUGCCACCGCAACUGCAGCACCGCGCCCCAGCCCGAGCCCGACGCCGGCCUCGACCGCUACCCGGAGCUGCGCCUCUUCGGCGGCCUGCUGCGCCGCGCGCAGUGCCUCAAGCGCUGCAAGCAGGGCCUGCCUGCCUUCCGCCAGUCGCAGCCCAGCCGGGAAGUGCUGGCUGACUUCCAGAGCCGCGAGCCUUAUAAGUUCCUACAGUUCGCCUACUUCAAGGCGAAUAAUCUUCCAAAAGCCAUUGCAGCUGCUCACACUUUUCUGCUGAAGCAUCCCGACGAUGAAAUGAUGAAGAGAAACAUGGCAUACUACAAGAGCUUGCCCGAUGCUGAAGACUACAUUAAAGACUUGGAAACCAAGUCAUAUGAGACCCUGUUUAUCCGAGCCGUGCGCGCCUACAACGGGGAGAACUGGAGAACGUCCAUCACCGACAUGGAGCUGGCCCUGCCUGACUUCUUCAAAGCCUUUUAUGAGUGUCUCGCUGCCUGCGAGGGCGCCAGGGAGAUCAAGGACUUCAAGGAUUUCUAUCUGUCCAUAGCAGAUCACUAUGUGGAAGUUCUGGAAUGCAAGAUCCAGUGUGAAGAGAAUCUUACCCCUGUUAUCGGAGGCUACCCGGUGGAGAAGUUUGUGGCUACCAUGUAUCACUAUCUGCAGUUCGCUUACUAUAAGUUGAACGACCUGAAGAACGCAGCCCCGUGUGCCGUCAGCUUCCUGCUCUUUGACCAAGAUGACAAGGUCAUGCAGCAGAACUUGCUGUACUACCAGUACCACAGGGACACCUGGGGCCUCUCGGACGAGCACUUCCAGCCCAGACCUGAAGCAGUUCAGUUCUUUAAUGUGACUACUCUCCAGAAAGAACUAUAUGACUUUGCUAAAGAAAAUUUAAUGGAUGAUGAUGAGGGAGAAGUUGUGGAAUAUGUGGAUGACCUCUUGGAACUGGAAGCCACUGAAUAGCUCACAGCAACCAAAGAGACUUUCCCCUCUGUGUUGUGGAAACACAGAUCCUGUCUUCCUUUUCCCAACAGCCUGAGUUGUUGAUACUUGAGACUUCUCUUUACUUGCUGACAUGAAAGAGAAGCCCCUGUCUCUCACUCCACUCAACAUCGGGUGAGCCUGCCUUCCUGUGUCUAUACGGCUUUCCCUGUGUCUACAUCUGCCUCCCGUGUCCACAUCUGUUUCUCCACACGUACCUUUCUGACGAACACACAAGUCUUCUCAUCUUCAUAUCCACUCUCACCAUGCUUAUACCUGCCUUUCUGACCAUUUUGCUUGGAAAGACAGUCUAUUAUGUGUUUUGUUUUUGUCAGUAUUCCAUUGUUUUAACCAGAGCACUGCUUAGCUCUGGCUUAUGGUGGUGCUGGGAAUUGAUCCUGGGACUUUGGGGCCUCAGGCAUGAGAGACUCUUUGCAUAACCAUUAUGCUAUCUCACCAACCUAAUAUUACUCUUCUUAUUCUUUUUUUUUUUUUUUUGUCUCCAGGGUUAUUGCUGGGGCUUGGUGCCUGCACUAUAAAUUCACUGCUCCUGGAGGCCAUUUUUUCUUAUUUUAUUAGAAGAGAGAAAUUGAGGGAGGAGGAGGAGAUAAAUAAGGCAGAGAGAAACAUAGACACCUGCAGACCUGCUUCAUCUCUUGUGAAGCGAUCCCCCUGCAGGUGGGGAGCUGGGGGCUCGAAUCAGAAUCCUUAUGCAGGUCCUUGCACUUUGUAUUAUAUGCGCUUAACUGAGUGUGCCACUCCCUGCCACCCAGUAUUACUUUUUAGAUAAGAAAACACUCCUGAAGGAUGUCAGUUACAGAACAUGUACACUGGCCUCUAUCUCCAGGUCUUAGUUCUUCCUCCCCCUCCCCUGAUCCAGGGAAGAUGGCAGAGGGCAAAAGUGGACUUUCUGCAUGUUGCAUCAUGAUGGUCUGCACAUGUUCUCAACUGCACUGUUUCUGGCUCCUCUUGAAAAAGAAGUUGGUGAGGCAGUGCAGAAUCCAGAAAGGUGGCCUUUGCCCAAUACUUUGAAUCUCCCAAGUCUUAACAGUGGUUAAAAUAUCUUGGUCCCAUUUGAAGAUAAUACUCAAUCAUGAGUCUUAGACUUGGAAAUGGAAGAAAGCAGAGGGAACCUAGUUUCAUUCCUUCUUUCAGUAACUAUUUAUUGAGCCUCUUGUGUGUACUGGGCGUUUACCCAGAGACGCUGCACAGAGCUAAAGGAUUCCUUGCCCUCAUGGUACAUGCAUCCUGCAAAGAGAGACAGACAACAAAUAAACAAGAGGAAAUAUAUACUGACCCAAGGCAUCUGUGUGUGAUAAUUGCUGUGGGGAAAAUGAAAGUGGAAGAUGGUUAAGAA